AUGUCCAAACUGGAGUUGUUCAACGCGUAUCUUACCGAACGACUGACCGCGGCGGCGAUGGAGAUAACGUCGGCGGUAGAGAGAACAAUAACUGACUACCAGGAGGAAAUCUCCCGUUCCAAGGAGGAGAACGAACGGCUGCGACUGCUGCUGGACUUCAAACCACAUUUACAGUUACUUACUAAAGGUAUGUGUGGACACCGGUUGCCCUAGCUAGCUAUAUCAAUCUGUAAGGCAGGGUUCUUCAAUUCCGGUCCUGGGGGGCCGAAACACCUCUGGUUUUCAUCCUCUCCUUCUAAUCAGGGGCUAAUUCAGACCUGGGACACCAGGUGAGUGCAAUUAACUACCAGGAAGAAAUACAAAAACAGAAGUGUUUCGGCCCUCCAGGACCGGAAUUGAAGAACCCUGCUGUAAGGGAUGAGAUAAUUAUGCCCUCUCUUAGUAUUAUCAACAACCGAUUUAGAAUUGGAUUCACAUCAACUCACCAGUCUCAACUUGGCUAGGUAGCUAGCUAAUUUACAAUCUAACUGGAUAGCUGCUAGCUACUACCUAGCACAAAUUGAUGAAUUUAUCCCACCGUAAACUAGCUAGUUUGCUAAACAUGUAGUUAGCUAUGUAACAGUAACUGCAUGUGUUUCUGAGAACUAUGGGUACAAUUUUAGAUUCCAAACGUCUAACUAUUUAUUUAAUGAUAACAUUACUUAUUUGUAUUUUAUUUUCUUCUAAUCAAGACCCCCAUCAGCUCACCCUCCCAGUCUCUGUAGAGGAGGUUCCCCCUGAACAGCAGCACUGUGAGCAAGAGGAGGACCCAGAGUCCACACAGAUUAAAGAGGAACAGGAGGAAUUUUGCAGGACCAGUCAGGAGGAAGAGCAGCUUCAAGGGCAGGAGUCUGAUACCAAAGACUUCAUAACUGUCUGUGUGGUAAGUGACUGUGAGGGUAUGAACACAGCUCGGCCCUCACAUCACGCUGUGGAGAGUAGAGACGGGGGUUCACCGUUCAAUAACAUGACUGGAGAGAUCCAGACAGAGCCUGAUGAUGAAUAUUAUAUAGACUACAUAGUAUCAGAACCAUCCAGUCCUGCAGCUCAGAGUGAAAACAGUGUUAACAGUGGAAGGGACAAUGAUGGAGAGAGCAGGGAGCCACCGUCGGGGUCAAAGCCACGGAAAUCACAAAGAAAACAGAAGAAGAAGAAAGGAACAAGCUUUCUUGAAGAUGCUGCUCCUUAUUGCUGCAAGCUGUGUGGGAGGACUUUUGUUCGUAUGGGUUUUUUGGUUAACCACGUGCAAAGAACACACACAAAGCAUGCUGAACAAUACCGCUGUGGUGUGUGUGAAGUAGUCUUGGACUCCAAAGCAAAUCUGACAGUCCAU